AGGAGGAGAAGGAGGAGAAGGAGGAGCAAGACGCAGAAAGAUAAGAGAAGGAAGAAGAGGAAAGGAGGAGGGAGGAGACACGUGUAUAUCGUAUUCUCAGAUAUUCUGUCAAAUCUCAGGUAUACUCUGGAGUAGAGAGCAGGAGUAGAAGCACCGGAGAACUCAGUUGACCUGCACGCGUCGAGAUGAAAGCGUGAUGUGGGAACUAAAUAUGAUCUCGCUACUGCUCGUGAUACUGGCCAGCAGGCCAUCUAUACAGUUUAAUAUGGACCUGGAGAGCGGAGUUAUAUUUCAGGGUUCUCAAACUAGUUUAUUCGGGUUCUCCGUAGCUUCACAUAUAGAUCAAGGGGCAGGAUGGGUACUCGUCGGAGCACCGGAAUCCGAGACGGAACAGCGGAGAUGGGGGAUCCAGAGACCUGGAGCAGUUCUCAGAUGCUCUGCAGCCCCACCUCACCAGUGCACCAUCAUACCCUUCGACACGACGGGGAACAACAACGACACCGGGAAUACUAUCGACGAUAAGAGCAAUCAAUGGUUCGGAGCUACAGUCAGCAGCUCCGGUAUUGACGGAGUAGUGGUGGCUUGUGCUCCGAGAUACGUCUACUACUCUAUCAAUAACAAGAGAAGGGAACCUGUUGGAACCUGCUUCACGGCUGUCGAAUCCUUCUCCAGGUUCUCCGAGUACUCUCCCUGCAGAACAGGAGCCUGGGGGUACCAUAGACAGGGAUACUGUCAAGCUGGACUUGCUGCUGCUGCAACUAAGGAACGGAUAUUUAUUGGAACCCCUGGGAGCUACUACUGGCAGGGGCAAACCUACUCUCAAAAUCUCUGGAACAGGAUGGAUCUCAUUGCUACGGAGGAGGGUCCGGAGACAGAGGAUAAUACCUAUCUAGGGUAUUCACUGACCAUGGGAAGUUUUGAUGAGGAUAUGUAUCCUGAUCUAGUGGUGGGAAUGCCUCGUGGAGCAAACCUCACCGGGAAGGUUAUCUUUCUGUCAGGCCGGAGUAUGACCCAGCUGCAUAACGUGACCGGAGCCCAGGUCGGAGCUUACUUCGGGCACGCGGUCGCUGUCAGUGAUGUCAACGGUGACGGAAUGGACGAUGCUAUUAUCGGAGCUCCACUUCACACUGACUUCGGACUGACAGAUGGAAAAUAUGAGACGGGUCGGAUAUAUGUUGUCUAUCAGAAUAAAGAGCAUAAGUUUCGCAAAUGGCACAUCAGGGACGGAGAAACCUCAAAAGGACGGUUUGGUUUUGCUCUGGCAGGACUAGGAGACAUGGACAAGGACGGAUAUGGAGAUUUUGCCGUUGGAGCUCCAUACAGUGGACCAAGAGGAGAAGGUGCUGUUUAUAUCUAUCGUGGAUCUAAAGCUGGAGUUAGAGAGAGGCCAGAUCAGGUCAUAUUCGGUGGAACAUUGAGAGAGAACAUUCGAGGGUUUGGAUUUUCUCUCUCCGGAGGAGUAGAUCUUGAUUCCAACUCCUAUCCUGAUCUUGUUGUCGGAGCUCCACACUCCGACCAGACUGUUCUACUCAGGGCGAGACCAGUGGUUAAUCUAGAGGCGGAGAUAUCAUUUCUAUCCGAGGGAGGGAAUAUUGACAUGGAGCUGAAGGGUUGUGAGACGAGAGAAGGAGAGAAGGUUUCCUGUUCCCAGAUCAGGAUCUGUGUAACAUACUCUGGUGUCGGAGUAGACAAGAAAUUAAGGAUCUCGACAAAGAUUGAACUGGACACUAAGAAACAGUUGAGCUCAAGGAUGUAUUUCCUCAAGGAGGAAGAAUAUUUUAUCCAGGAAGAUUUUCUCCUCACAAAAGAGAUUGAAAGCUGCAGAAACUUUGAUGUUUAUCUCAUUCCGAAUAUCCGUGACAAGCUAACUGGACUUGAAUCCAAACUGACCGUAAAGCUGUCACCUACAAGGUCGGAGCUGAGCCCGGUUCUAGGUCUCUCCACCAGCUCCGUAGAGUUCCAGAGUUUAACCGGUAGAUCGGAGGAUAUAGAGCUGGUGACCAGGGAUACUGUUAACAUACAGAAGGAUUGCGGGCCAGACAAUAUCUGUAUACCAGAUCUCAAGAUAUUUCACACUUGCAAUUUGGAUGAGUACUCCGUUGGCAGCGAGGACAGAUUUGAGAUCAACCUCGAGGUUCACAACCACGGAGAGGAUGCUUACGAGGCCACGUUCUACCUGAAUCUCCCGGAGGCUGUUAACUACGUAAAGACUGAGGUUAUGGAGGGAUACGGAGAGAUAUCUCAUGGUAGUAUUCCUGUCCUGUGUUCUCCUCCAACCCUCAACAAUAACUUUGUCCUAAAAUGUGAUCUCGGAAACCCAAUGGAAGCAAACAGUAAGGCUCUUCUCCGAGUUGUUCUCCAGCCUGAUAUCUCAAGUCUCGAGGACGUAUCUAGUUUCCAGAUGCAUCUAGAGGUCAACAGUUCUAACCCGGACACCCUGGACACUCUCAGGGAUAACAGGGUGGAGAUAAACCUUCCAGUUCGAGUCCGAACAGAUCUCAUAAUUCGUGGACUUUCCGUUCCUGAGGUUAUUCGGUUCAACCGUAGCGAGUACAAAGACGAUGUUGGGAUAGAUGAAGAGGUUCAAGUUGGUCCUGAGAUUAUGCACAUAUAUCAGAUUGAGAACCAGGGUCCGAGUGGUAUUGAGGCAGCUGAGGUUUAUAUCCUCUGGCCUUCUCUCCGUGAGACUGAGGAUCCUCUCCUCUACCUGACCUCUCAACCAUGGGUUGAAGGACCUGGAGCUUGUCAGUUUGUUACAGAUGUAAACUCUCUUAAUAUCAAGGUUGAUCGCUACCGGCACACCUACUCCCAUGUGAAGGAGCUGGAGGAGAAGUACAGGCACCAGGUUAACUACACGGAGGAGGAUAUACUGGAGCUUGAACCCGUCCUAAACGAGAAAUCUGGGUUCGGAUACUCCAGAAGAAAGAGAGACGUUGAUACGGAAUUUCUCUCCGAGCUGAACUGCGGCCAGACCAAGUGCACCUUCAUCUCCUGUGUUAUCGGGCCCCUGGAGAAGAAAGGAUUCACCUUGAUAAAGAUCCGAUCUCGGCUCUGGGUUCGAACCCUUGAUAAAAUCAAGAGGAACGAUGUCGAGAUUUCAUCUAAACUUGUUACUAAAGUGACAAAGCUCCCAUACGGAGUAAAUCCUGAAUACCUCGGGUUUAAAACUCAUCACGUGACAACUCAGGUACUAUCCCUGGAGAUGGGAGAAGGAGGAAGUAUUCCUCUCUGGAUCCUGAUUCUUGCAGUUCUGGCCGGUUUACUCUUCCUCUCCCUCCUAACCUAUAUCCUGCACAGACUCGGAUUUUUCCACCGACAAAGACCGGACGAGUAUGAUUAUCAAGCUACUCUCCAGGAGAAACCGAACCUUGGUAAGGAGAGUAAAAACCAACUUGUUGGACAGAACUCUCAAUACCAUCUUCUAGCAAGUACACCCAAUGGUUCUAACGGCUCCAACGGAUCGGCCUGGGACCGUUCCAACACGUCCAAUGGAUCCGCCUGGGACCGUUCCAGAAGUUCUUCUCAGAGGUUUAGUAACACUAGUGUCAGGAACAGUACGAAUAGUUCAACUAUUUACUAUCCAGGACAGAGACAUCCUGAUAUGCAACCUGGAGAUGAAGCGUUAUAAUAACUUAUUAUUAUUUAUUUAGAAAAAUUAUCUUUUUUGGUUUAAAGUAUGGCUGCAAGGAAUCCAGCCUAGUGAACCUGUCUCAAAUCUCAGUGUGCCAUUCUUAGAACCAGUUCUCAACCAUCACAAUUUAUCAUGCAGUUAUCUGAUCCCCUGUACUGUUUAUGUACAGUGUACAAUGUACAAAUACGUGCAUUUUCAGCUGUUGCAGUACACUAGCUUUACAUUUGAAGUAUAGACAAGAAAACAAUACAAUUGUGUGUUCUGCAUUGUAUUGUUCUGUACAAUGUAAAGUGUACAGAAAUGUAAUAUGUAAAUUGUACACUUCUCCAAGUCUAACAAGAGCUUGACAAUGUGCCAGUGAAUCGUAAAUUUAGAAUAAUUAUUGUUAACCAAGGAUUUUAAAUCAGUAAGAUAGAAAAUUCUUUUUUAUAU